AUGGCUGACGCUUGUAUUCAAGAAUUACGAAUCAAAGCUGAUCUAUAUGAGAGAACGGGCCUUAUUCCUGUAUAUGAUUAUUCCGCCGCUGUGCUUAAAUCCGAUACUAUCAUGACCGCUGAACUAGCAAAGUCCCUCCAAGAGGCGGUCAAGAUAUUGGAGGAUAUAGCACCCGAGCAACAGGACUGGCAUCCCGGCAGUGAUCGGAAGGUCCUCGAUCUUGUUCACCCCUCCCUCUAG